GUUUUUCCUUAUUUCUUCUAGAGAUUUUGUAAUUAUGUUUUCAAUUUUAAGUGUGCUGGUAACAGUGAUUGUAGCCAUUGCUAGUUCCCAAGAAACAUGUGAUCUCUCCACCUUUCCCUCAAACUUCAAAUUUGGCGCAGGAACCGCAGCUUACCAAAUCGAAGGUGGUUAUAACGAGGAUGGAAAAGGACUCAAUUGGUGGGAUUGGUUCAUGAAUGAGUAUCCUCUGUUCAACUCGAACGUAACUGGUAACGUGGCUUGCGAUUCUUAUCAUAAAUACAAGGAAGAUGUGGCAGCUGCUAAGCAAAUUGGACUCGAUUAUUAUCGGUUCUCGAUUUCUUGGUCCAGGAUUUUGCCUAAGGGCCUGAAUUACACAAUUAACCAAGCUGGAGUUGAUUAUUACAAUAAUCUUUUGGAUGAAUUGGUAGCAGCUGGAAUAGAACCAAUGGUUACGUUGUACCAUUGGGAUACACCAUUGGCUUUGGAAUAUUUGGGUAGUACAUGGACUGGGAGAAGUAUGGUGGACUACUUUGUUGACUAUGCUGAUUUGGCUUUCAGCUUAUUUGGGGACAGAGUUAAAGUGUGGUCAACUAUAAAUGAACCAAAGAGUUUUUGUCAAGGUCUUCCAGAUUUUCUUUUAGCAGCUGCAUUUGAAGAAUAUCCAUUAGGAAUAGUGGAGUAUUUGUGUGCUCAUCAUGUGAUUUUAGCUCAUGCAAAAACUUACAGAUUGUAUGAAACUAAGUAUAAAUCUGUUCAAAAUGGAACAAUAGGAAUCGUGCUCGAUAUCAAUCAUAAUAUGCCUUUAACAAAUUCUACAGCGGAUGAAGAAGCUGUUGAGAGGCAAAAUAACUUUGAGUUUGGAUGGUUUGCACACCCGCUAGUUUACGGAGACUACCCUGAAAUAAUGAAACAAGUUAUUGCAAAUAACAGUGCCAAUCAAAACUUCAGUACCUCAAGGUUACCCAAGUUUACUUGCACAGAAAAACUGAUGAUUAAGGGAGCUUAUGAUGUAUUUAUGGUUAAUACUUACACCGCCUUCCGCGCUACAUUGGCGACUUAUGAUAAUUCACUGUCAUAUAUUAAUGAUGAGCAAAUUUCUACAAGUCAGAAUUCAAAUUGGCUUUCUACAGCUGUAUCAAACUUAAAGGUUUAUACUGAAGGCAUAAGAUACAUUCUAAAGUACGUCAAAGAAACUUACAACAAUCCAGAAAUAUAUAUCACCGAAAAUGGAUAUUCAGAUUCCACAGGAAUAGUAAAUGAUACCAAUAGGAUCAGUUUUAUAAAGGAAACUUUGGCUCAAGUUCGCUUAGCUAUGUGCUUGGAUGGAGUAAAUGUAACUCGUUACACUUAUUGGAGCUUACUGGAUAAUUUGGAAUGGAGUAGGGGAUACAAGGUCAAAUUUGGACUAGUACAAGUGGACUUUGAAAGCGAUAAUCGGACUCGUACGCUUAAAAACUCUGCUCACUAUUAUGCAAAUGUGAUUAAAACCCGAAAUUUGAACUCGACUGAGACUGUGUCAAUUUAAUAGGAGCUAUUUCAAGAUUCCCAAGGCCUAUUCUGAUUGUGGUUUCCUAAAAAAAUCAGAUAAAAUCAUCAAUACCUAUUCGUACAUUGUUGUUUGGACUAAUUUUACUUUUACCACAAAAAUUAUGGAACUGGUAGUGUUAAUUAAAAAGUAGUUUUGUG